CACAUUGGCAUCGAAAAGCGGCGGCUGCGUUCAGUUCUAGUGGAACCACCGUUUGGCGAGCACGCGAUCCCCGCCCCAGUUCUCAGCUGAAUAUCCCCAAGAUGUCCCUGGUCCGUUUGAUCGGUGCUGAGGCCCGCCACCUGGCGAAGAGGUCAUACUCCUCGGCCGCUCCCACCACCAAGCUCUUCAUCGACGGCAAGUUCGUGGAGUCCAAGACUACGGAAUGGAUCGAUGUGCACGACCCGGCCACCAACAAGGUGGUGACCCGUGUGCCCAAGGCCACCCAGGCCGAGAUGCAGACGGCCCUCGAGUCGAACAAGAAGGCCUUCCGCUCGUGGAGCAACCACUCGAUCCUCUCCCGUCAGCAGGUGAUGUUCAAGCUGCAGGCGCUGAUCAAGGAGAACAUGGGCGAGCUGGCCAAGAGCAUUACCAAGGAGCAGGGCAAGACCCUGGCCGAUGCCGAGGGCGAUGUGCUCCGUGGCCUCCAGGUGGUGGAGCACUGCUGCAGCAUCCCAUCCCUGCAGAUGGGUGAGACGGUGGCCAAUGUGGCCAGGGAUAUGGACACCUAUUCGCUGGUCCUGCCCCUCGGUGUGACCGCCGGUGUGGCUCCCUUCAAUUUCCCGGCCAUGAUCCCGCUGUGGAUGUUCCCGGUGGCCAUUACCACCGGCAACACCAUGCUGCUGAAGCCUUCGGAACGUGUGCCCGGCGCCACCAUGCUGCUGAUGGAGCUGCUCAACGAGGCCGGCUGCCCGCCGGGUGUGGUCAAUGUGAUCCAUGGCCAGCACGAUGCGGUGAACUUCAUCUGCGAUGCGCCCGAGAUCAAGGCCGUGUCCUUUGUGGGCUCCGACCAGGCUGGCAAGUACAUCUACGAGCGGGCCGGCAAGAAUGGCAAGCGGGUGCAGUCCAAUAUGGGCGCCAAGAACCAUGGCGUCAUCCUGGGCGAUGCCAACAAGGAGAACACCCUGAAUCAGCUGGCAGGAGCCGCCUUCGGAGCUGCCGGCCAGCGUUGCAUGGCCCUGUCCACGGCCGUCUUUGUGGGCGAUGCCCAGUCCUGGAUACCCGAUCUCGUGGAGCGCGCCCAGAAGCUGAAGGUGAAUGCCGGCCAUGUGCCCGGAACGGAUGUGGGACCAGUGAUCAGUGCCGCUUCCCGUCAGCGCAUCAACGAUCUGAUUGAGUCCGGUGUGAAGGAGGGAGCCAAGCUCAUCCUGGAUGGCAGGAAGAUCAACGUGCCUGGCUACGAGGAUGGCUACUUUGUGGGACCCACCAUCCUGAGCGACGUGACGCCGAGCAUGAAGUGCUACACCGAGGAGAUCUUUGGACCCGUGCUGGUCAUCCUGAAGGCUGACACUUUGGACGAUGCCAUUGGCAUUGUGAAUGCCAAUCCCUAUGGCAAUGGAACCGCUGUCUUCACCACCAAUGGUGCUGCUGCCCGCAAGUUUGUCAACGAGAUCGAUGCCGGCCAGGUGGGCGUGAAUGUGCCCAUUCCAGUGCCGCUGCCCAUGUUCUCCUUCACCGGCACACGCGGCUCCUUCCGCGGCGACCACCACUUCUACGGCAAGCAGGGCAUCAAGUUCUACACCCAGACCAAGACGGUCACCCAGUUGUGGCGCGAAACGGAUGUGACCCACACCCAGGCGGCCGUGGCCAUGCCCACCAUGAAGUAGGCGGAUCUGUAGGAUAGGCUGGAGGAGAUCCCUAUGGGGGAUCUGAUGUUCCACGUAUUGAAUUUCUGGAUGCUUGCACACAGGACGUAUUUAGAAGCUAGAUACAGAGAAAUUAUUGCAUUUAUUUUUGUGCCUGUUUAUUAGAUUUAAGAAGAUGUUAGAGACAACAAGAGAAGCUUGAAAAAACUGAAAUGUAAACGAUAGCAAUAAAAUGUUUGAAAGUGUAA